AUGCCUGGCGCUGGCGCAAGGGGCAUCAGCCUCCUGGUAUGGACUGUUGUCUUUACCGUUCUCGACGCCUCCGUACUGUGUCUGCGGGCAUGGUCUGCCAAGGUAAUGAGAAGGUCAUUCUAUUGGGAUGACGGAAUGAUCCUGUUUGCGUUUGCCAACUUGAUAGCGCUGGAAGGCGUGGUGGUCUGGGCUAUCUACAACGGUCUGGGCAAACACACGAACGAAUUGACUCUGGAAGAGUAUGCUGUGCAGUUCAAGGCAAGUAUUCUGCAGCUUCCUCUCGAUAUCAUCCUCUAA